AUGCUUACCCGCGCAUUCACUACAAAAAGUACCCUCGCCACUAUAGUUGCCCUCACGGGCCUCGGCGUGGCGGCAUUGAACUUGAAUGCUAAAUCGGAGGCCGCAAAGAAAGCUCAAGCAGCUGCUGGAACCGGUCAGAGUUUUGCUCUGGGAGGCUGUGAACGCUCUG